AGGAAAAUGGCGAAGAGGGGGCUCUGAGUUUUCCUCGGAAAUUGAAUCGCGACGGUAUGGCGCCGUUUUUUGCCUUGUUUCGAGGCGAGUCUGGGGCCUGGUCUGUUUUGCUGGCUUUCCCGGGCUCCCUUUUUUGGGUAGCGAGCGCGGCAGCAAAACACGCCCGAAGCGAGGCCAAAACCACCACCAUAGCACCGCGAUUCAAUUUCCGAGGAAAAUUUCGAGUCCGGCGCGAAAUGCCCGCAAGUUGAAGGCGUUAGGAGCAAAGACGCGGCAGGUUGAUUCACGGUGGGAAGCUGUCGACGGCGUGGGAUGUUUGGCGCGGUUCGGUAAGGGGGUACACCUGCCCCGCUAUAGAGUGUUUAUUUGUAGCGCAUGGCGUCCAUGGGUAGGAAGGUCCAUGGCGCCUGAGGUUUUGGCUUAAUAGCUUUGAGAAUGAUGCGCGUGUGUGGAGGCGCCACCGUUCGGAGAGCCAUGCGUUGUCUUUUUGAUGCAGCCGCGAUACAGGCCAUUAUAUGCGAGCCGCGGAUGACUCUCCAGGCUCGGCUACCGCAGUUGUCCGCGGGGCUCUUCGAGCUCUUCUUGCGCAGCGGUAUUCGCAAAUGGGCCGGCACGGGGCCGCGACCUGAUAUCUCCACCUGCCUACUUUCAUCUGGGGAUUGAAAUUUUUCGAAUUUUCCUCAUUCCUAGAAACUUCCGCUUAGUAACACGUAGGAAAAAUGAAGACACAGCAGAAAAAUCAAGAAGCGGCUUCUCGUGCUGCUGACAGCGAAGUUUUCUACUGCACGAUGACACUGACAGCAACGAAGUCUAGAAUUUCUGGCCCUGAUUAUCGA